UCUAUUAAUCCACACAGACUGUCGAAAACAGACAGCCGUUCACAAAUCAGCCUAGCGAUUCGGGUCGAAAAGCUAGAAAACCACCGAAAAAAUGUUUCAAACCGCUGGUUACAUUUUGCUGCUAGUUUUGUGGAAGGACAUGGUAUUUUCCAAGGCUGAGCCCCACAACAAACAACUGACCAUAUUUGUGGAAGCCGGGCGCCAGGACUGCUUUUAUCAUCCGAUUGCCGCCUCUGAGAACAUUAAAAUCGAUUAUCAGGUGAUACACGGAGGUCUCGGCGAAACUCAUAUCAAUUUUAACUUUAUGGAUCCAAGUCGACGCUUUCUGAUCAAUGAAAUCAAACAAGGAAAGGGAAAUCACAAAGUGGUGGCCAAUGAAAAUGGCUCUUAUAAAAUCUGUUUCGAUAAUACCAUAAGCACAUUCAACCAGAAAAUAGUGUCCUUUACACUUGAAGUUACUCCUGCGGAUCGAGAGGAGCAGGAACUUCGAGCUCUGCGCCAUGAAAUGAUGACCGAUUACCACUUCGAUGUGGCCUAUACUGGAAUAGAUAAUUAUUUGGGCAAGAUUCAGGUGAACCUCAUGAGAUCGCGACAAACUCAGGAUUUUAUUCGAGCCAUCGAAGCUAGAGAUCGCAACGUGGCCGAAUCCACGUAUGCCAUGGUUAAUAACUGGUCUUGGGCUCAGUUUUUGUCCAUGAUAUUUGUUGGCUUGCUGCAGGUUCUGAUGGUGAGAAGUAUCUUCCAUACACAUGGAACCUUUUACAAGUUCUGGAAAAGCUUUUAAACUACUUUGCUCUUGAAUGUAAAAAAAAAAUAAUAUUUGUGAAAUAAAAGAUAUACAAAAACAUCAAA